AUGGCCUACCAAAGAAUCGCCAUUGCCGGCUCCACAGGCAACCUUGGACCGUCUGUCGUCCAAGAACUCGUCAACGCAGGUUUCACCAUCACAGCGCUCUCCCAAAGCGGCAAAACCUCGCACCUACCUUCCUCAGUGCAGACCAUCAAAGUCGACUACAGCUCGCAAGAUUCUCUCGUACAAGCCCUCAAGGGCCAAGAUGCCGUAGUUUCGCUGAUACCAAAACACGAGGAGCAACCAGCUCUCAUUGACGCUGCCAUUGCAGCAGGAGUCAAAUUCUUCGUCCCGAGUGAAUUCGGCUCGGAUAUUGCGGGGAGUCCACAAGUUGCUGCGCUUCCUGUGUUUGCUGGCAAGAAGAAGACGCAGGAGUAUUUGAAGGCCAAGGAGGAUAAGAUCAGUUAUGCAAUCGUGGUGAAUGGGCUGUUUCUGGAUUGGGGACUGAUGGUGGGCUUCUGGGCGAAUGUGAAGGGUGGGCCGACGCAGAUUUAUGAUGGAGGAAAUGAUAAACACAGUUCGACGACGUUGGCGGAUGUCGGGAAGACGGUGGCUGCGAUUUUGAAGAAGCCAGAAGCGUUCAAGAACCGCGCCGUCUAUGUGCAGAGUGCGGCGGUCAGUCAGAAUCAGUUGUUGGAGAUUGCGUUGAAGAAGAAUCCCGAGUUGAAGGUGGAGAGAGUGGAGGUCAGUUCGAAGGAAGUGGAGAAAGAUGCGUAUGAAAAGCUGGGGAAGGGCGAUUUCUCGUCCAUGCUGAGCUUCGUGGCUGUCAGUAUCUUCAAUUCCGAGUAUGGGAACAACUGGAGUGAUAAGACCGACAACGAAUUGUUGGGAAUCAAAGAGAAGACACCGGAGGAAUUGGAAGCGCUCGUGGCACAAUACAUGUAG